CAACAGCAUAAUUUAAAUCAACUGCAAAAAUUCCACUUAACAUUUUCUAGCAACAAUUAAAUUCACGAUUGAUAUUAAAAUCCGAUGAUGUUGGUACACUUGAUCAGUAAUUUUACAAUCUGUUGGAAAGCACGAUUUGUAUAACCAUUACAGUAAUCAGUAGGUUCUUGACUACAUUCAUGGGAAUAUGACAAAGCACCUUUUUAAAAAAAAAUGAUAUAAGCUUGGCCAUUCCUUAUCAACAUAAUAAACGCAUUAAGUAAGAAAUGUUAUACCAUCUGUCAUUUUGAUUUUUGACUUUUUCCUCAUUUUGUAUUCAGUCCUUUUGUUCAUAUUAAAUCUAACCACGCUCUUUAAAGUCAAAACACGGACAUAUAAAGUUACUGAACAAAAGACAUUUAAAUGUCAUUGUCAUUAAAGAUAUACCACAUAAGUGAAAAGGCAGCUCCGUAAAUUUCAAUAAUACUUCCUGUACCGAUUAGUAAAUAUAUCCAACGCAGUCAGUCAAAUAGAGUGGAAUUUAUUAUGUUUCUUGUUUUCUACACUGACUAGUUUUGGAGCAACAUAUGAAAAUAUUGCGUUGAAUAAGCCAGCAUGGCAGGAAUAUCCUUUCAACAAUGAGUGGGUAGCGGGUCUUGCUGUUGACGGACGGAAAUCUGAUCUUGAUGCUAAUGGCGGACAGUGUACAAUAUCAGAAGAUGGAAAAUCAACAGCAAUGUGGCGGGUUGAUCUGGAAAGAGUAAACAGCAUACACCACAUCUUUAUACAGUUCAGAACGGCUAACCUUCCCUGGGAUGUGAAUAAUAAAUACACGGGGAGAUUCAUGGGAUACUCUGUCUACAUAUCAAACACGACCAAUAAAGACAAUGGAGUACUGUGUUUUAAGGAUACCAAUCAUACCAGAACCACAAUACCCAACCAAGCAAACAUCACUUGUAUCACACACGGGAGAUACGUCAUCUACUACAACAACAGAACUCAUCCUCCGUAUCUUUCUGGGUAUUCUGAAUAUGCAUUUAACUGUCUUUGUGAAGUAGAAGUUUACGGAUGCCCGACUCCGGGAUAUUAUGGAAAGGAUUGUUCCUUAUCUUGUCCUCAGAACUGUCAAAAAAGUCGUUGCAACAUUGUAAAUGGAACGUGUCUGGGUUGUGUUGAAGGAUACAAAGGUCCAAUUUGUAAUGAACAAUGCAGCGGCAAAAUGUAUGGCCUGGAAUGUAAGCAGAUUUGUGGAAACUGUAUAAACAAAGAACAGUGUCAUCAUGUGAACGGAAGUUGUCUGAACGGUUGUGACAACGGAUUUUAUGGCACCAGAUGUGACUUAGCAUGUCCUGAAGGUCGUUAUGGUUUAAACUGCCAGGAACAGUGUAACGUCAACUGUGGAGUUCCAUACAGAUGUGACAGGGUGACAGGGCAGUGUGAGGGAGGAUGCCAAGUAGGAUGGAAAGGCACCCCCUGCGAUACAGAAUGCAAUGAAGGAAAAUUUGGAAGGAACUGCAACUAUUCGUGUGGCAACUGUCUAGACAAAGAACAGUGUCAUUAUAUAAAUGGUACUUGUCUUAACGGAUGUGAUAGUGGUUACUAUGGAAAGAAAUGUAAUGAAGUUUGUAAUAACAAUACCUAUGGACCAAGAUGUUCUUCAAAGUGUGGGAAUUGUCUCUAUUUAUAUGGAGAACAAUGUGAUCACGUGACUGGUCAAUGUCCACGUGGAUGUGACGUUGGUUAUCAUGGCGAUCGUUGUGACCAAGUGCUUGAGUUGCAAACUACUUCUGAAACUACGGAGUUAACAAAACACUCAUUCACUCCAUUAUAUGUCUGUAUUGCUGUCAUUAUCUUAAGUGGGCUGCUAAAUGUGAUUCUAAUAGUCAGACUACUUAGAAUCAGUGUGUGUAGACAGCAAAAGGACCAGGAAAAUAUAACUAGACAUAACGAAGGAAUCACCAAUGAAUCAAAACACCUGAAACAUUCUCCUAAAUCCGGGAACAAGGAAGGAGAAGACAAUUCUGCUUAUUAUGAACUAGGAGACUUCUCACAAGAAUCUCAAUACGAUAAACUUCCUUGAUCAAGAAAUACAAACCAAAGCAGUCGAUGUAAAGUUUUGUUUUUUGAAUAGUAUACGCAUAUUGAUUGUGUAGAUAUAAGAGAAUAAAAACGUCAUCGAUCAAAUAAUUGUGCUCGCUCUUCCUCGUGAUUAUAAAGAAUUAAAUUUAGACAAAUAUAUUACUUUGAACUAUUACAAAUUCAAUUUGACCUUCAUUUAUAUAUUUCAUACUACAUGUAGUUUGUAAUUUAAAAUGUAACAUUUAAAUAGUUUACACAGAAACACAUUUGUUAAUCAUAGUUUGUUACAUAUCUUUUAUCUCUAUUAUAUUAACCUACUGUAAAUCAACUAUAUAUCAACUUAUUGCACAAACAUGUAUAAUGAAAGAAUAUUACUUUUCCUGUAUUUCAUUUUGUUCUUAAGGGUGAUAAUUACAUUUCCUUUUUUUGUAAAUCGAUCGUUAACGGUAACGUCAUUAGUCGGAUAUUCAUACAUCCUGUAAUAUGUUUUUAGAUUUUAACGCAGCUUCUUUUGAAAAAUUAAAUUUUGUGGUCCCUCAUACAUUAAAAUAGAAUUAAAGUAAAGAAAUUAAGACCCAGUGCUGAGAUCGGAGUGAACACUUGAUAAGUACAUGUAACUAACGAUCAAAUUCAUUCUUUCUUUUGUCACCUCCUAGUCUCUUCAGACCCCUUUUAAUCUAUAAUUAAUUCUUUUUUUAUCUUAAUUGAUGAAAUUUAUUUUUGCGUGGAAAUAGUUAUAAAUGCUGUAAUAAAAACUUUUUUGUACUCAUGUCUAAUUAAAAGUCAUACAAACCUUCGAAAACUGUUUACAUUCAUCAGAAUAAAAUUGAGAG